AUGAUUUCUAAUAUCAGCAAUGAUGAAAUCGAUGAUAUUUAUGAAGGCUUUGAUAAAGUUGACAGCAAAACAGAACUAGAUAACUUUAUGAAUGAUGCUGGAUUUCAAAAUGUUUUAAAAAAUACUAGUUGUGGCAGAAAGCCACCUGUAUUAGGUAGAAAUUUAAAUACAACCAAUGUUCGGGGAUCAGUCUUUGGAUCAAGCGGAAGAGUACCUACUGCCGCAAACUUCAGACUAGGCACUGCUUCAGGAUUAGGCAACGGAGAUAGUAGUCGACCGAUGACCUCAGUCAGAGCAGCAGGUUAUUCUUCUAUGGGACGCAAAUUAAGCACGGGCCAAUCGGGAAUUGCCGGGUGGCCAGGCGGGCAAACAACUGUAGAUGUUAGUAGUGUCCCUCCACUUGAGAAAAAACCAGAAAAUAGUCCUGAAGAACGUAUAAAAAUUAUGGAAAAACAGGUUAAUGAUUUAAUCGAAGAAAGUUGUAUUGCUGCUUGUCAAGGGGAGAUUACUGUUGCACUGGAUAAAGCCAAAGAAGCCGGUCGUAAAGAACGUGUACUUGUCAGACAAAGAGAACAACUUGGUGUUGCUGAUCAGAUCAACUUAGACUUAACAUAUUCAGUUCUCUUCAAUUUAGCUAAUCGUUAUACAGCUAGUGGAAUGUAUCAAGAAGCACUGAACACCUACCAAGCUAUUGUUCGUAAUAAAAUGUUUGCUCAUGCAGGUAGACUUAAAGUUAAUAUGGGAAAUAUCUACUUUUUGCAGAAGAAUUAUUCUAAAGCGAUUAAAUUCUUUCGUAUGGGUUUAGAUCAGGUGCCUAAUACGCAUAAAUUUAUGAGAAUAAAAAUUAUGCAAAAUAUUGGUAUAAGUUUUGUUAAACUUAGUCAAUUCAGUGAGGCGAUUACAUCAUUUGAGCAUAUUAUGCAAGAAGAACCUGAUUCAAAAACUGGUUUCAAUUUGAUUGUCUGUUAUUUUAUCACUGGUGAUCGUAAUAAAAUGAAGCAUGCAUUUCAACAAUUACUACGUGUCGACCUACAUUUGGAUGAUGAAGAUCGUUAUUUACAACACAAUGAUGAUAAACAGUAUGAUUUAAUUUUAGAAGUGAUUCGUAAUGAUGACCUACGACAAUAUGAGAAGAAAAAGAAAAUGAAAGCGGAAAAUUUCAUUAAAAUGGCUGCAAAAAUAAUCACUCCAGCUAUCGAAACCAGUUUCCAUGCUGGUUAUGACUGGUGUAUUGAACAAGUGAAAAUGUCAUCUUAUCAUGAAAUUGCACAUGAUUUAGAAAUUGAUAAAGCUGUUAUGUACCUGAGGCAAAGAGAUUUUCAUCAGGCAAUUGAUACCCUGAAGUCAUUUGAACGAAAAGAUGCUCGUAUCGCGUGUACAGCUGCGACGAAUUUAUCAUUUUUAUACUUUCUUGAGGGUGAUCUACAACAGGCUGAUAGGUAUGCUGAUCAAGCGUUGGCAGCUGAUCGUUAUAAUCCUGCAGCCCUUGUUAACAAAGGCAAUGUCUUAUAUCAACAACAGCAAUAUGAAAAGGCUCGAGAUUGUUAUUCCGAAGCUCUGCAAGAUGAUACAAGUUGUGUAGAGGCUCUUUACAAUCUUGGAUUAGUAUGUAAACGAUUAGAAAGGUAUGAAGAGGCACUUGAAGCCUUUUUCAAAUUACAUACUCUUCUAAGAAAUAGUGCACCAGUAGUUUAUCAAAUUAUGGAUAUUUAUGAAAAGCUGGAAGAUCCUACUCAAGCGCAAGAAUGGGCUAUGCAGUUACAUGGAAUGGUUCCAACAGAUCCAUUUCUCCUACAAAGACUAGGCGAUAAUUACGAACAAGAAGGUGACAAGUCUCAAGCAUUUUCAUACUAUUAUGAUUCAUUCAAAUACUAUCCAUGCAAUUUUGAUGUAAUCGAAUGGUUAGGUGCUUAUUAUAUUGAAUCCCAGUUCUGUGAGAAGGCUGUAGCCUAUUUUGAGCGUGCCAGUUUAAUGCAACCAAAUCAAAUUAAAUGGCAAUUAAUGAUUGCUUCUUGUCAUCGACGAAGUGGAAAUUAUCAACAAGCUUUAGAAACCUACCGACUUAUUCAUCAAAGAUUCCCAGAGAAUAUUGAAUGUCUUCAAUUUCUCGUGAGAAUAAGUUCCGAUAUGGGUUUGCCUGAAGCUCAAGAUUAUAUAGUCAAAUUGAAACGUGCAGAGAAAAUAAAAGAAGCAAGAGAACAACGUCAAAUUUCAGCAACCAAUCGUCGUCGUUUCAGCCUCACUGGUUCUUCUAGGACAACAGGAAGUCGUGAGAACUCGGCCAGUGCUAGUAGUGGAGGUGAAAGUCGUGAAAGUAGUGCAAACUAUGAUGGUCGACAUAGUUAUCAGCCAAAGAGAUCAUGUUCCAAAAAUAAUUCAAAUCGCCAAAUUGACCGCAAUCAACCAGAAAUACUCGAUGAAACUGUUGAAAAUGAAAAUAUUGUAUAUAAUGAUCCACUUGGACCAAGUGUUGAAAGACCAAGGACAGCAGCACGUUCCAGACCUAUACAAGAUGAAUUUGCUGAUGAAGAAGUAGACGAAAACCUACUACCCGAUUAA